CCGCCAUCUGAGGCGAAGGGCCCUCAUUGAAACAUGCUUGAGCCGUAGAACGUCGAUUCAUUGCGAGUUUGGGAGUCUGCUUCCGCUUGUGGUCCACAUCUAUCUAUCCAUCGCAUUAGUUUCAGAUCUGAUGGCGGCGGCAGCGGCUUUCCCGCCCGGCUCCUUCACGGCCGCGUCAGUCGAGCAGAAGCUGAUGGAGCUGUGGCAGACGGCGGACGAGUCGGUUCGCAAAGCCGCCAACACGUACCUCAUGUCGUUCCAGGACCACCCCGACGCAUGGCUAGUGGCGCAGCAGCUGGCCAUCUCCCACUCAGUCGAGGUGCAGUACAUCGGGCUGCAGACUCUUUACUGGAAGAUCAGGCGCCACUGGAGCCAGGCAGGCGACAAGCAGGCCGACCUCUCCCGCUUCUUGCUGCAGUUCCUGGAGCAGCCUUCCCGCAUGCCGCAGAACAAGAGCCGCAUUCGUGUGGCCCACGCCCUCUCGGCCAUUGUGGUGCGGACGGUCACAUCCCAGUGGCCGACGUGCAUCCAGCAGCUGCUGCAGAUCGGCAGCAGGGAUGCCGUGCUGCGGCUGCAGGUGAUGCGGGUGUUCGCCAGCCUGCCAGAGGAGCUCGACGCAUCCCUCCACACCCACGUGGCCGACAGCGCCGCGGCCCAGGCGCUCAAGGCCCACCUGCGGAGCAUCGUCGACUUCGUGGCCUCAUCCCUCGAAAUGGCGCUGCAGCCGUCCCUCCACCCAUCGGCCUUCACCCCCGACAUGACGGACGAGCAGCGCACCCAGGUGGUAAGCGGUCUGAAGGACGCGGCCUUCGUCUUCUGCAGUGAGUGGGCCAAGACGCUGAGCGUGCCGCUACUGGAGCACGCCGCCCUCUCGCGGCAGCUGGUCCGUGCUCUGGAGGUGGACCAGGGCGACGAGGGCCUGACGGACGCGGUGCGGAUGCUCUUGACCAAGGCCCACAGCUACAGCUGCAUGUGGGCCGGCGGACCGACCAUCACCUGCCCACAGCUGCUGGAGAAGCCCGGGGAGGGGCCGAUUCUCCGUUGCCUGCUGACCCAGCUGCAAGGCCUGGUGCCGCGGCUGCAGCAGCUGUGUGGAGGCGGUGGGGGCGGGGGAGAUGGGGGCGGUGGAGGAGGGUAUAGAGUGCCGAAUGUGAGUGAGAUGGACGGCAAGACGGAGCGAGUGCUGUGCGCGUGGGCGAGGGUUUUGGCGAUGCUGUGUGAGGGGUACACACAGCUGGUCAUGGACGGGGCCCAUGAGUACCUCAUGGAGGCACUCAGGUGCUUCUACCACAUACACCCCAGGGUGGCUGAGGUACGGGACGUGGGAUUGAUGUAUGUCGGCCGGGCGGGCGGGCGGGCGACAGACAGAAGGAAGCAGCAUCGACAUUGGUGGUGGUGUGUGUGUGUGUGUGUGUAUGGGUCCGGUGUGUGUCAGAAUUUCGGCGAGAUUUGGUCUCAGAUGAAGGAGAUGAGCCGCGGCAACGUCCUAUCCAAAGAGGAGCUAAUGCGCUUUCUCACACAGGCACCUACCUGCUCGCACACACCAAGCCACACCACACCACACCACCUUUACCUACUGGAUGAAUGUCCGUCUGGUUGUGUGUGCAGGUCGGCGUGCCGGCUGUGCAGGCGCUGAUCCGCCACUGUCGGCGCGACAACCCCAUGUGGGACGGCGCACACGAGGAUCACAUCGUAUGGACCACCGACCGACCAACACACAAAUGACUAGGCAGCCAAUACUAGAGGCAGCCAAUGACCAGACGUGUGUCUGUUGUGUGUGUGGGCGUACGUACGUACAGCUGUACAUCGAGGCUGCGCAGGACUGCAUUGGCGACAUCUACCUCAUGUUCGACUCGGUCGAACAAUCGCAGGGUGCGCAUGUCAUGUCAACAAACACUCACCCAACCCACCCACCCACCCACCCUCUGUGUGUGUCACAUAUGAUAUAUGUGUGUGUCGUGUCACUCAGGUUUGUCGUUCCUCGAGUCAGUGACUCAGGAGUUCGUUCGGACCAUCCAGGCCAAGGACGUCCACGGCAUGGAGGUCCUCAUCUACGUCCAGGACGUCCUCAUCGAGUCAAACCCGGUCCUCUCAAACCCCACCGCAGAGUUCUUCAGGGCACUCGCUCAGGUCCCUCCAAGCAGAGACUGCGCCGCUGCCGCGUCAAACCUGCUCCAAAAGGUGAGCAGAGAGCCAGUAGAGAGGGAUGGGGAGAGCAGACCGUACACUCAUGUGUGUGGUUGUGUUGUGUUGUGUUGUGUUGUGUUGUGUCGUCAGCAUGGGCAUCUGUUAUCGAAGCACGGCGACAUAGUGCGUGGCUGCAUGGCGUAUCUGAUGCAGAACCUGCCUGUGCGGCCCGAGUGGGUGGCGCAGACCAUGUGCGACAUGUGCAUGGCGUGCGGCCACCACCUGCUGCCCUCACUCGGCGAGUUCCUGGCGGUCGUGGAGCGGACGGCCACGCAGUACUCGGUCAAGGCAGACACGCUCCUGUUGGCUGCUGUUGUGCACGUAAGUAAGGUGGUUUUCUGGCUGGCUGGCUGGGGGAUAGGGGAUAUGGUCCACCGGGUGUGGUGUGUGGUUCCAUGCCUGUGCGCCUCCAUUGCAGGUGGUGAAGGCCCUGCCUGCGGGGGAGGUUCCUCAGAGCUUCGCCCGGUGCCUUCAGACUACCACAACUGCCUUCAAGGUCAGUCAGUCACCACCCACCCCACACACGCAGUCACAGCAGCCCAUGACAUCCACCGCUCCUUGUCUCUCCUUUUCUGUUGAUUGAUUGACUGAUCAGUCAUUGGACACCCCUCCGCUGUCUACUCUUGGCGACGACGCGAAGCCCAUAGCAUUUCGGCACUUCCACCGCACCUGGCGGGCCGUCAAGGCACUCGCUGCCAGGGACAACGACGACUCACCCCAGGUAAACACAGCCACACAGCCACACCACACAUCCUCACACAAAGAGGCUGACAGCUGUUUGCGACCUGUUUGCUGGCUGACAGAACCCGGGAAGCGCCAAGGCUGCUGCUGGAGCAGCUCAUGCCCGCCAGACAGCGGCAGCGGUGCGGGGGUUCGUGCAGCCUGUCUGGCCGCACUUCGCGCGUGUGUGUCGCGCUGUGCUGGUGCUGCCUGUCCACCACACACACACAGCCACUGUGUCGAAGGCCGGGAGGAAACACGGGAAGGCCGCACAGGUGAGCACAACAAGGAAAACAGAGUGACCACCCAAGCAAGCCGCAUCGAAGGGGUCACCUGGGCGUGUGUGUGUGUGUGUGCGUAGAACAUGCUGAAUUACGAGCUCACGGACGGCAGCCUGAUGGACAUCGCUCUGCUGGCGGCUGGGGCGGUGUUGGAUGCGCUCGGCGAGCAGGGCGCCGAUAUGUGGAAGGACGUCAUCGACCUGUCGGUGUCGGUGAUAUCACACCACCCAUCCCCACCACCCCAACCGCCCCACCCAUCCCAGCAGCACCACACCAGCCACCAGAUGCCCAACUUCAACGCCCUCAAGCUCAUCACAAGCCUUGUCAAGCACUCUGGCGGUUAGGCAGCACACACACACACACACACACACGUCCCUUCAAACAUGGGUCUGUGGAUAUCUGUCUGUCUGUCUGUGUAUGUCCUGGCUGGCCUGCAGCGUCGCGAGAUGCGUGCAUGGCCCUGCUGUCCCCUCGUUUAUCGGAGAUAUUCGCGAUAGUCAUCCGCUCGGCGCAGCAACAGGGCUCGCUGACCAGCCAUAGCCAUCCGGCUCUGUUGGCCGCCUACACGCCCGUGUUUGAGCUGCUGGUGGUGGUGGUGACACACGUGGCCUACGACAGCCAAUACUCGCUGUACGCGAGCCCCUACUUUCCCAUGCUGCUGCAGCUGGCCACACAGGUCAGUCAGUCAGUGAGUGAUUGGGGGGCUGGUCGGGUGGCUGGUUGGUGAGGGGAAAGGAAUAAAAAGAAACAUUGUAUGUGUGUGUGUGUGUGUGUCUGUGUGUGUGUGUGUGUGUGUGUCUCUGUGUGUGUGUGUGGAUUGCUUAGGCGCUGAGUGGCAGUGACAUCGAGCUGCUCAGCUGGGCGAUGCAGUUCAUCGUCAAGUGUGCCAGCACACAGCAGCAGCAGAACGCCCAGCAGCACUUCGCUGCGGUAGGUACUUAUCCCAUGCAUUGCACACCCUAUCACGUCAGUCAGCUCCCUGACAUCUCACCCACCUAUACCUAUGUGUGUGUGGUUGUGUGUGCGCCUGAACAUGUCUGUCCAUUCCUUCCAUGGCAUGGAGUGCCUGCAGCAUUUCGGCGAGUUGGUGCGCGGGAUAGUGACCAACUUCCACAACUGGAGCAGGCCGCUCAGCCCCAUCUACUCCAAGCUCUUCUCCGUCAUGCUCGAGAAAUACAACGAACCAUUCGUCCAAGGAUGCACUCAGUACUGGCAGGUGAGCUGCGUCAGUCAGUCAGAACCUCCCUCCCCCCACACACACAACACAUCCCUCUCUCUCUCUCUCUGUGUGUGUGUGUGUGUGUGUGUGUGUUGGGUGCAGUCUGAGCGUGCCCGUGGUGUCACAGGUCCCCACACCCACCCUCUCCCCACCGCGUCGUCCCGCGACUCGAGGUCAGGAGGGGACCCUCUUCAUCGGCGGCUGAGCGACGCGCAGCUGGAGCUGGUGGUGCGGUGCAUGCGGCACUUGCGGGGGCCGAAGCUCAAGCUGCUGCUGCAGGACCUUCAUGGGAUCGCCAACGGUUCGCAGACGGCCGACGCACUCGUCAACUAUGAGGUCAGUCAGGUGAGGAAGGACGAGGGCCCGGAGGGUGCAAUUGAUGCGACUGAUGGGGGAUGGAUGGUGUGUAUGUGUGUGGGGGGGUUUGUUGUCAGGCGGAGCUAGCUGCACACAGACCGUCAUGAGUCAUGACCUACCUACCGUGAGUGGCUCAUGCUUGAAGAGGGGGCUGAUGUGUGGGUGUGGCUGUUUAUGUGUCACUCACAGCGCGUUCAUCCGUGUGUCGGCGUGCGUGGCGCUUGUGGCUUGCUUGUGACGCUUUGGCCUGCCUGCCUGCCUGGCCUACAUGUGUGUCGUGUGUGUGUCGUUCGUGUGGACGGUGCGCCCGCCCGCAUAAUUGAUGAAGGCUCAAUGAAUGACAC